GAUCCUUAAAGCAGUGAGAAAGUGAGAGAAAGAUGGAUACCUUCUUUCUAGAUUCCAUUUGGGAAGAAGAAGACAUAUUCUGGGAUCUGAUCGCCGGUGAUGUCUCCGGCAACGCUGACAAUACCGUAAGUGUACUAAACAGAAGCGCUUUUAGGUCAUACGUGAGGGACACGGAGCAGACGAUGGUAUCUUCUUCAUCGUCGGUGAACGUGAACAAGAGAAUGUUGAAUCUUUUGAGAAAGAUUUGGGAGGAGAACAAAAAUGCGUUAGCGCCGGAGAAGGAGAGAUGCCGACAACAUAUGAUGAAAGAGAGGACGAGAAGAAUGAAACAAAAACAGAGUUACUUAGCUCUGCAUUCUCUAUUACCAUUUGCCACUAAGAAUGACAAAAAUUCAAAAGCGGUCGAUCAAAUUGGGAAAUUAGACGAAUAUAAGAAAGAACUGGAGAGAAGAAUGAAUGUGUUGGAGGCAAAAUCAGCAACGGAUCAUGAUAAAAUGACUGGAACAAAGAUUAGGUUUAGUCUACAAGAACCCUUGUCUGGGAUCGAUUCAAUGGUAGAAAUUCUUCAAUGUCUUAAAUCAAUGGGGACAAAACUCAAAACGGUCCAAGCCAAUUUCUCUCCUCACGAAUUCUCUGCAACCAUGAACAUUGAGACUCAGAUACGAGGAGAGGAGGUGGAAGAGAGAGUGGAGAGAAGACUCCAAGAAACUGAAUGGAAGCUCCUCGUUCUCCCAGAAGCUUCGCGUAUCGAAGACUACUGAGUUCCUUUUGUAUUGACUUUCUGCUUUGUCGAAAAGAAAAGUAACAAUAUUCUUUUUUUUUAAAUAAAUUCUAUCGGGUAUCCGUUCGGCCCCAAAAUAAAUGUAUUUAGUGCUACAAAAUAAAUUAGUCUGAAAAUAUACCACACUAUCUGAUCCAAAUUUAAAUAUCUUUAAACUAUUGCCAGGAGAUCAACCGAUCGUUUGUAACGAUCGGUUCUCUACUUUUAAGUUUUGUUUCUAUUGUAUGAUUCAGUCUGAAUCAGUGA